AUGUCGAAUACAUCAUGUGCCAACUUGGUGAAAGUGUCGAAUACACCCUGUGUCAACUUGGUGAAAGUGUCGAAUACACCCUGUGUCAACUUGAAAAUAAUAAUACUAAAAAAAACUGCUACCAGGGAGGAAAGUACACCUCAUAUUGGUGCACCUGGUUCUGAUACUGCUACCAGGGAGGAAAGUACACCUCAUAUUGGUGCACCUGGUUCUGAUACUGCUACCAGGGAGGAAAGUACACCUCAUAUUGGUGCACCUGGUCCUGAUACUGCUACCAGGGAGGAAAGUACACCUCAUAUUGGUGCACCUGGUCCUGAUACUGCUACCAGGGAGGAAAGUACACCUCAUAUUGGUGCACCUGGUCCUGAUACUGCUACCAGGGAGGAAAGUACACCUCAUAUUGGUGCACCUGGUCCUGAUACUGCUACCAGGGAGGAAAGUACACCUCAUAUUGGUGCACCUGGUCCUGAUGCUGCUACCAGGGAGGAAAGUACACCUCAUAUUGGUGCACCUGGUUCUGAUACUGCUACCAGGGAGGAAAGUACACCUCAUAUUGGUGCACCUGGUUCUGAUACUGCUACCAGGGAGGAAAGUACACCUCAUAUUGGUGCACCUGGUCCUGAUACUGCUACCAGGGAGGAAAGCACACCUCAUAUUGGUGCACCUGGUUCUGAUGCUGCUACCACGGAGGAAAGUACACCUCAUAUUGGUGCACCUGGUCCUGAUACUGCUACCAGGGAGGAAAGUACACCUCAUAUUGGUGCACCUGGUCCUGAUACUGCUACCAGGGAGGAAAGUACACCUCAUAUUGGUGCACCUGGUCCUGAUGCUGCUACCAGGGAGGAAAGUACACCUCAUAUUGGUGCACCUGGUUCUGAUGCUGCUACCAGGGAGGAAAGUACACCUCAUAUUGGUGCACCUGGUCCUGAUGCUGCUACCAGGGAGGAAAGUACACCUCAUAUUGGUGCACCUGGUUCUGAUGCUGCUACCACGGAGGAAAGUACACCUCAUAUUGGUGCACCUGGUCCUGAUACUGCUACCAGGGAGGAAAGUACACCUCAUAUUGGUGCACCUGGUCCUGAUACUGCUACCAGGGAGGAAAGUACACCUCAUAUUGGUGCACCUGGUUCUGAUACUGCUACCAGGGAGGAAAGUACACCUCAUAUUGGUGCACCUGGUCCUGAUGCUGCUACCAGGGAGGAAAGUACACCUCAUAUUGGUGCACCUGGUUCUGAUACUGCUACCAGGGAGGAAAGUACACCUCAUAUUGGUGCACCUGGUCCUGAUGCUGCUACCACGGAGGAAAGUACACCUCAUAUUGGUGCACCUGGUUCUGAUGCUGCUACCACGGAGGAAAGUACACCUCAUAUUGGUGCACCUGGUUCUGAUGCUGCUACCAGGGAGGAAAGUACACCUCAUAUUGGUGCACCUGGUUCUGAUGCUGCUACCACGGAGGAAAGUACACCUCAUAUUGGUGCACCUGGUUCUGAUGCUGCUACCACGGAGGAAAGUACACCUCAUAUUGGUGCACCUGGUUCUGAUGCUGCUACCACGGAGGAAAGUACACCUCAUAUUGGUGCACCUGGUUCUGAUGCUGCUACCAGGGAGGAAAGUACACCUCAUAUUGGUGCACCUGGUUCUGAUGCUGCUACCACGGAGGAAAGUACACCUCAUAUUGGUGCACCUGGUUCUGAUGCUGCUACCAGGGAGGAAAGUACUCCCUCAUAUUGGUGCACCUGGUCCUGA